AUGGGGAAAUAUCCAUGGCUCUUGGCUGUUUAUUCACUGUUCAAUGUUGCCUACACGACUCUAGAUGUAGUGGUGGCACCGACACCGUACAUCUUUGGUCGAACGUACAUGCUGUCCUCUUAUACAUCACAUUGGAUCCCGAAAAUGAAGCCGAUUCCCACGACACUUUGUGCGCUUUUUCUUUACAUUUUUGUCUGUGGUACUUGGACUCUUAACUCGUAUGUGGCUUUGAAUCGAGAUGAAGAAGUCUUUGCCAAAAUCAAUGAUCGAUACAAAAACCUUACUGGCAGAGAUGUCAUUGGAACCGGUUCAAUUACCCAAGCGUUUGAGGGAGUUUCGCUUUACGUGAUUCUUCGAUCAUACAUUGGAAUGCUUGUUUAUUGCUUGAUUAUGUCCGUCACUUCAAGUUUCAUUGUUUAUUGUGGUUGGGCAUUGAAAAAGAGUUUACAAGAGGAAGGUAAAAGCACAAAGACGAGAAAUAUGCAGAAAGAGCUUUUUAAAGCAUUGAUCUUUCAGUUACUUGUCCCACUUGCAACUAUUUAUUUUCCCAUUUCUAUCUUCUUUCUCGCAGCGUUGCUCGGUGUAGAUGGCUGGGAUACUGAGAUUAUCACUAUCAUGGUGAUGUUCGAUCCAAUCAUUGAGCCGAUUGUCAUUAUUUACUUCAUCACAUGUUACAGGAGGCCAAUUGCUCGUCUUCUUUGUUGCGGUCGACAUAAAGUGAGCGGUUUUUGGACGCAAGUUCGUUCUUUG